UCCUUAAGUCUAGUCUCGUUUUGAAAUCUAAGUAAUAGGCAUGCGCAAAGUGCUACUUCCUUUACGCGCUGCGGUAACGCCAUGGUGUUCAAUCGGAAAUUCGUGGAGGUGGGUCGUGUGGCCUACAUCGUGAAAGGCGUAGAUUCUGGGAAAUUGUGCGUCAUUAUCGACGUUAUUGACCAAAACAGAGCUUUGAUUGAUGGACCAUGCAGUGGUGUCUUAAGAAAAGCUAUCAAUUUCAAUAGUGUGCAUCUGACAAGAUUUGUCAUCAAGAUCAGACACUCUGCAAGAACCAUUGAAGUGAAAAGAGCUUGGGAUACUGCUGACAUAACUGGUAAAUGGUCUCAGACGAAAUGGGCUCAAAAGAUUAUGGCAAGACAAAAGCGAGCAAUGAUGACAGAUUUUGAUCGAUUCAAGCUGAUGCGGGCUAAGCAGGCGAGAAAUAGAAUUGUUACUCAAGAAUUUAAAAAGCUUAAAAAGAAGCAGAAGGUUGAUAGAAAACUCAAACUCAAAUCGAAGCCCAAGACAGUUGUAAAGCAAUAAAGUUAUAUAUGUAAUAAGUUGCUAUGAAUA